CUAUAGUAGUGAUUAUUUUAACUUGGGUGUUUUAAGUUUUUUUGAACGUUUGUUUUAAAACGUUCUUGCUUGGGUAGUGUUAUAUUGAAUUAAUAAUGUAAAAUAUUGUGUAUUUUCUUUUCUGUAAGUUGUUACAUAGACAUAAACCAAAAAUGACAGAGUAUUGGAAAUCUACUGGCAAAAAAUUUUGCGACUUUUGUAAAUGUUGGAUUGCAGAUAACAAACCUAGUAUUCAAUUUCAUGAAAAUGGUAAACGGCACCAAAGCAGCGUGGCCAAACGGUUGGUGGACAUUAAAAAAAAUAGUGCCAUCGAACGGAAAGAAGAACAAAAAUUGGAAAUGGACAUGAAACGGAUGGAACAGAACGCAAUGAAAGCGUACUACAAUGACAUACAGAACAAUCCUGAUUAUUCGUCACAAGUACUUAUCAAAGAGAAAGGCUUAUCUAUACGUCCUACGCCUUACAUAAUGACUUCGCAGCCGGCAGGACCACACGUAAACAUCAGCUAUUCGAAAAACAACAUGCCCGUGUCCAUCAAACCAGUGGCGGCGCCUAAACCCGAGUUCAUCUGGCACCAGUCUAGGACCGAAGACGGUUCCGAUCUAAUGUAUUACUGGAACACCGUGACCGGAGAGUCAGUUUGGGAACCACCAGAAGAGGGUUUCUUGAGCGUAGCCGAACAGGAAGCGGACGAAAGCGCCAAGGGAAAGGACAACAAAGGCAAGGAUAAGGCAGCGAACAAAAAGAAAGCGCCUGCGACCGGAUCGAAAGCUAAACGGAAAAAGACUACGGACAAGAAAGCCGGCGACGACGUCGAUGACGAUGACGAUGGUGACGAAAACGCUGCGGAAGAUCCUCAGCCUCCGGUACGCGGUGAAUUCGAACCGUUUAUGGCGGAAACGACGCGUAUCGGGUCUUGGAAAACGGUGGAAAAGAUCGAACAGCCGGUGAUCGAUCUUCAGUUACCAGUUCAGGAAUUUGUGGCGAUUAAGGUGCCGAAUACCAAAGAAAAAGAACAUACGUUCAAGGAAAAGAUAGUAGGAAGUGUGAGUGCUUUGACAAAGAAAGAAUCAACCGAAUCAAUUUCAUUCAAGAAGUCCAAGUUUAAAAAAUCGAAUUGCAGAAAACGUUUAGACGACGACUGAAGGAGGACGACUUUAUUUCCAUUAUACAAUAUACUAAAUCGUCGUCAAAACCUCCAAAGUCCUUCACUGUACAUGCAUUUAUUAUUCCCAAUGUUAGUAUUUAAGAACAAUAAAUUUUUUUUUUUAUUUAUAA